UAAGUCACCCAAGUCAUCCAAGACAUCUGAUACACAAGUCACAAGCCACUUACAUACCUACAUACCUAUACAUAUGUACUAACUUGACGCUUAACAGCAUUAAACAUUGCUUACCAUUUCCCAAUUCGUCUUUGGUCUUAAUAUUUUAAAGUUCACAAACAUUUCUAACGAAGAAAACGAAGAAGCUAUCUGGAUCGGUGGAAGUGGUGGACUAGGCUUAAGGAAGCUUAUGUCGUGACUCGCAACAAAAACGGGGAUCCCGUUCUUGAGGAAGUAAAUAAAAGAAAGACCAUCUUCUCUAUCACGAUUCCCUGGACCUGUCUUCACUACUUAAACAAGCUCCUCGCAGCUUGUUGAGCCCUCCAACGGUUGCUAGCAAUAUAUGCUCGGCGUUACACUAGACACAAUAUAGACCAAUUUCUAGAAAUUGGUAUUUGAGCAAGGUCACAGAGUCACAAGACACAAAUGUACUCAGUACACUCAGCCCGAUCAGCCACAAUGUUCGGAGUUACACCAGGCACAGUACCUUAUGUGCCUCCGCAAGCACCCCAAAAGAAUGCACCCUCCCGGUAUAGGUCUAAGUCUUCAAGUCUUGUUCCUUUCAGAGACGAAUCCAAGUUGGUUGCCUUGCGAUACGAUCAGACCGUACAAGCUGAGCCGCCAAUACCAAUACCACCACCUCGAUCAUCUCGUCGUCCACCACCACGACCUAUUUCUUGCGACACGGCUCGUUCUACUGUUGUGAUACCGCCUCCUCGACCGGCUCCCCCUACCGAGCAGCACCCCGCUUUAAGAACAAUCAGCAGCCCGCGAAUAGAGGCAAUUGAAAAGCGAGAUUCUGGCCACUCUCCCGCGACACCUUCAAGCUCUUGGACAAUUCGCGAAGAUAGUGAGACAGAUGACGAGGACCCUUUCGCUUAUGAAAACAUUCAGAAGUUUCCUGAAAUUAAGCCCCUCACAUUAAUAACUCGUUCUGCAUCGCCAUCGAUUUAUGGGCGAGUGAGCGAAUCCAAUAGUAGGGUUAGCGCUCCUUCUAUUUCGCCUGCGCUGUCAGAUGGCGAGACUGUUUCACCGACAUCGCCAACUACGCCAUCUUCCAAUUUCUCAAGGUUUGCUCGAAGUUUUAGUCUGCGAUCGAGCCGAUCAAACUCGUCUAAAUCCUCGUUUACGAAAAUGAAGCGUCUUCGGAAGAAACCUGCAAAUGAAAGAAACGAUGGAGGUCCGGGCGUUGAAAACCCCGGUUAUCCACUAAACGGGCAAGACCGUUCGGCGCCUAAAUCCCUUAGCGGCACUUUAUCGCCAGCAUCUGACCCCCAUGGUUCUCCAAUUAUUUCUACAACCAUCCCCACCGAGAGCUUAUUAGAAGAUGAUUUUAUGACCCAACUGUCCUUCUCUAAGCGUGGUAGCAUCAUUUUUGGUGCCAAACAUCCGCGUAAACAUUUUAGACACGCGGGCAUCAUGGCCGACCAAGAGAGCGCUUUCGCGACCGAGAACGCCGAGAUCGAACAAACCAGAGAACCGCGCUCUUUUCCUCUUGUUCAUUCGAAAACUUCUGCCAGCGCAAACACAAAGGAUGCCGCCAAUGCGUCGGGCUCAGGCUCAGGGGCACCCGACAAUACCAAAACCAACUCCUUGCCUCCUACGCCUCGUCAACCUCCUCCUAGCGUCCGAGUAAUAUCUGCCGAGGCCGAGAAGGAAUCUCAAAAGGUGAGAUCGCUCUAUGAAUCCGGGGAAGGUCUCAAUUGGGAGGACGGGGCGGAACGCUCAUCGAUUGAUGGGCGUCCCCAACCCUUAGUAGAACAUCCACCAAGAGAGAAUGAGAACGACGCGGCAAACGAACCGGUUGGAAACCUUAUACCACUCUCGGCUUCUAUUUCGUCGCCACAAGAUAAAGACCUGCGACGACGGCACGAGUUAGCAGGAGGGAUCGAAGACUGGGAAGGUGUCCACGGUGAGGACGUCGAUCGUUACGGUUUCAUUUCUGUUAGACAACCACGCGAAACUCGGCCGGCCACGGCAUACGAAACUACAUCUGUCCACUAUUCGGAGCGCAAACAGCGUAAUGUUCUGGUUCGUAAAGAUGCAGCAUCGCUUUCGCUGAGACUGAAGCGCGGGCCUCGAAGAAAGCUGUCGGCCCGCUCUUUGAAUACACAAGCAUCGGGAUUAUCCACAGCAUCGCACCGAUCCGCUCUGUCGGCAAUCCGCCAAGCCACAAACCUGUUACCGUACAACAGGGACCGAAAAUUGCUAGAUGAAGCGGGGGAUAUCCUUGCAUCACACCCGGGCCUGUCGCAAACGGACGAAGAUGGGUCGUUCGAGAAAAGACAGGCCGAGUCAAAGUUGAAGGAAACGGAGCGUGCGGAGAAGUGGCGAAGGAUGGCCAAAAUAAUAAAAGCCGGCUCGGAUGGACAAGGCAUGGUGUUCGACUUUGACAUGAACCAUCCGAAGCUGAUCGAGCGGACAUGGAAGGGCAUCCCUGACUGUUGGCGAUCGUCAGCUUGGUACUCGUUCCUUUCCGCUAGUGCCAAGGCUAGCAACGAACCGUUCGCCACGGAUGAUGAGCUUAAGGUCGACUUUCAUCGGCUCAUAGACGAACCGUCGCCCGAUGAUGGUCAGAUAGACUUGGAUGUGCCCAGGACCAUUAACCAACACAUCAUGUUUCGGAGGAGAUAUAGGGGAGGCCAGCGGUUGCUUUUCCGUGUACUGCAUGCUCUGUCACUUUACUUCCCCGAAACGGGCUAUGUCCAAGGCAUGGCUCCGCUAGCAGCAACCUUCUUGAGUUACUUCGAUGAAGACAGAUGCUUCAUAAUGCUGGUGCGACUUUGGAAAUACCGCGGCCUCAAUCGGAUGUACCAGUCAGGGUUUGUGGAACUUAUGGCUGCUCUGAAAGACUUUGAGCAGGAUUGGUUGGGUAGUAGGGACGUGGCGUCGAAGCUUUCCGAGUUGUGCAUCGAUCCAACCGCGUAUGCUACUAAGUGGUAUCUGACUCUUUUUAACUUAUCGAUACCCUUUGCCGUUCAGCUUCGUGUAUGGGAUGCUUUCCUUUUGCUUGGUUCGUCGCCAGAUGUGCCUUCGACCCCGAGCAAAUCUGCAGUCGAGCAGCCAUCAUCUAAAGGACUGGAAAUUCUUCACGCGGCCAGUCUCGCAAUUGUCGACACACUCCGUCCUACACUUCUCGACUCUGAUUUCGAGAAUGCGAUGAAGUCGCUCACCUCCUGGAUCCCUAUCAAAGAUGGACAGGGAUUCAUGGACCUUGUGCAAUUAGAAUACAAGCGGCAUCAGAGCAAGCAGAAGAUCUAGGGGACGCUACUGCUGUUAUGAUGCACUGCUCGAAUUGGACUUGGUUUUUACUUAGCGACAUCCACAAGGCUGGAAGGCAGAUACACAGACUGCCCUCUUCUACUUAAUACUCGAAUGAUUUCUCUAUAAGAUAGGUGGAGUGUAUAAUACUGGUUUACGGACCAGCCACGACGGGAUAUCUCGUCCCCCAGACACCGUUCAGGUCGCGACAAGGACCCAGCCUAAUAUCGAAUUCCCUUUGUUUUUUUCGGAGAAGCGGUGAUGUUUGUUGACGGUGAACUACAUGGUGUAGGCACGGGAGAGGUUGAUGGAUGGUUCUCGCACUAUACCCCCUAUGCAUUCAACGGACGGUUAACGAAUGGGAAAACUGGUUGCUCACGUUGAUUAUUCCUCCUACAUACUGUUACUACUACUUAAUAAGGUAUCCUGCUGCAUAGCCGUAUGAAGGGCAUGUUGGCUAUACCCCCUAAACUAUCGUCUAGUACUUUGUCCUAGAGAACUACUAUGAUAAUAUAAUUUGAUUUACCUAAUUCAUCUGUA